GGGAGCAGGAGCCAGGCAAGAAAGUAGCAGAAAGUGAGGCUGGCAGGCGGCGGCAGAGGCAGGAAGUCUGUGCCGGAGAGCAGCAGAAAUUAGAGCCAGGGAGGGACCGCGGCAGCAGCAGCCAAGGCGAAAGAGGAAACUGCCAAAAAGGAAGCUCUGCCGCAGCUCGAGUCUCCCUGCGAACCGCAUCCUCCGGCUCUGCAUCCCCGCGCCCAGCAUCCCCCUGCGCCCGCGCCGCGCCCCCGGCGCCCCUCCCCAGCGCACCCCCGGUCGCCCCACAGCGCUAGUCUGCCAUGGCCCGGGAGAACGGCGAGAGCAGCUCUUCCUGGAAAAAGCAAGCGGAAGACAUAAAGAAGAUCUUCGAGUUCAAGGAGACCCUCGGAACUGGGGCCUUUUCUGAAGUGGUUUUAGCUGAAGAAAAAGCAACUGGGAAACUCUUCGCCGUAAAGUGCAUCCCGAAGAAGGCGCUGAAGGGCAAAGAGAGCAGCAUCGAGAAUGAGAUCGCCGUUCUCAGAAAGAUUAAACAUGAAAACAUUGUUGCCCUGGAAGAUAUCUAUGAGAGCCCGAAUCACCUGUACUUGGUCAUGCAACUUGUGUCCGGUGGAGAACUCUUUGAUCGGAUAGUGGAGAAGGGGUUUUACACAGAGAAAGAUGCCAGCACUCUCAUCCGCCAGGUCCUGGAUGCUGUGUACUAUCUCCACAGGAUGGGCAUCGUCCACAGGGACCUCAAGCCUGAAAAUCUCUUGUACUACAGUCAAGAUGAGGAGUCCAAAAUAAUGAUCAGUGACUUUGGUUUGUCAAAAAUGGAGGGCAAAGGAGAUGUGAUGUCCACGGCCUGUGGUACCCCAGGCUACGUUGCUCCUGAAGUUCUUGCUCAGAAACCAUACAGCAAAGCUGUUGACUGCUGGUCCAUUGGGGUGAUCGCCUAUAUCUUGCUCUGUGGCUACCCUCCUUUUUACGAUGAAAAUGACUCGAAGCUGUUUGAACAGAUCCUCAAGGCAGAAUAUGAGUUCGAUUCCCCCUACUGGGAUGACAUCUCCGACUCUGCCAAAGACUUCAUUCGGAACCUGAUGGAAAAAGACCCAAGUAAAAGAUACACAUGUGAGCAGGCCGCCCGGCAUCCGUGGAUUGCUGGUGACACCGCCCUCAGCAAAAACAUUCAUGAAUCCGUCAGCGCCCAGAUCCGGAAGAAUUUUGCAAAGAGCAAAUGGAGACAAGCGUUUAACGCCACAGCCGUCGUGAGACAUAUGCGAAGGCUACAGCUCGGCAGCAGCCUGGACAGUUCAAAUGCAAGUGUCUCAAGCAACCUCAGUUUGGCGAGCCAAAAAGACUGUCUGGCACCUUCCACGCUCUGUAGUUUCCUUUCUUCUUCGUCGGGGGUCACAGGAGUCGGAGCUGAGAGGAGACCCAGGCCCACCACUGUGACGACAGGGCACACUGGAAGCAAGUGACCCGGCUCUGGAGGUGGGACCCAGGGGGCGGAGCCGGGGAAGGGGAAGCCCCAGGCCGGCCGGAGCAGCUCCAGCAUCGGAGACCCCACCCACCCUGCAUGGUGCGCCUGCAUAGGACUGGAAGACAGAAGUUUUUUAUGGCCAUAUUUUAUACUGCAAUUCUGAUGUGUUCAUUUCUCACAAACUGUACUGACUCAAGGGGAGCUGACUUCACAGGAUCUGGUGCUGUAUAUACGAAUCUUGCAAAGCUCUAACUGAAUGGACCUUCUUGCUCCCCUCCCCCAACUCCACCACUUCCGCUCUCUCAGUGUAGGAAGCCAUCUAGGGUGUAUUUUUUCAUGAAAAAAAAAAAAAAGGUUUCAACUGGAUUAUUUAAAUAUUGGUAAAUGUUGUGCAUUAGGAUUUUUUUUUUUUCCUUUUCGAGACGUGUCUUUUUUGAUCUCUGUCAGUUACAUGACCUCUCAUUUGCUCCUUUAAUGGUGGCUUUACGUUACCUUUAAGAGAUUUUUUUUCCCUCCAGGAGGAGUUAAAAGGUAUUUUUUUUUUUUUUUUUUAAAUUCUAAGAGGAUCAAGAAUCCAUCAACAAGGCUGAGUGCACUUUACUUGUUCCCUGGCCCUCCGGAGGUCACCCCGCCCCUGGGCUGGGCAGGCUUCUCUCCAGGUGGCUUUUGGCAGGGAACCUGCAGAAAACCUUACCAGCAGUUUCCCCUGAGAACCCCUAAGCAACCACAGAAGAGAUAACCUUGUUCCUGCCCUAAACUCCAGGCUCCACAUUACUGGUGAACUGAGCUCCAGGAACAGGAUUCCAGCAGGGCCUAGGCCCAGGAGCCUCCCUCAGAGGCGGGACUAGCUGCCAUCUUGUUUUUUAAAACAAACCACACACAGCCCUCAUUUCUCAUGGAGGAUGAUGGAUGAAACUCUGUUCUCAGCUAUGCACUUUCAAAACGACUCACUCUAUGUUUGUUUUAAUUUUUAAAAUUCAUUUCUAAUCCUACCCUUCAAAUGGCCUAUAGCACACACUCCCCUCCCCUACCUCCACAUUCUUACCCUAUUCUCCCAAGAACAUUAGCCAAGGGAGGGGACAGAAAAGGCCUCGAAGAAGAACCCUUUUUGUUAGGUGAGAAGGAAAGGCACCAAGUGAGCAGGAUAUGGCCCACCUCAGAGAUGGCAAGGUAAAGCUGGUACAUAAGCCUUCCCUUACAUCAGAGAAAUCUAAAAUGAAAAGUAGCUGGGGUGGUCAGGGCAUUGUAUGCCCUGGUUUGCCAGGGACUGAAGAAUUUCCCCGGAUAUGGAACUUGAAGGCUAAAAUCAGGACUGUCCUAUGAAAACCAGUCCAUGUCAUUGACCUGCACAGUGGUUAGAUAUACGAGAAGAGCAGGCACAGAGCGCAGGCCAGGGCAGACAUUCUCCAAGGCGGCUCUCAGAGACCCAGGCAAGUAGCUUAAAUGCCAGUUUUGCCAGCGUUCCCCUUCAGCUCUCAUGUCUGUUUAAAGCCUGAGCCUCAGCUGCAGUCAGCUGUAGCCAACCAAGAUGGGCUGUGAUAGGUGUCCCUGAUGGCCCAGGCACAGUCCUGAGGUGGUUGUCCUCAUGCCUCUCUCAGUCCUGCUGGACAAGUAAGCCAUCCUUGUCACUUGUACGCUUUCACCCCAGCCCUCCCCAGUGCACAUGGCAAACAUGAACAUACAUGAACAUAUGAACAUAUACAUAUUCUCUCUCUCUCUCUCUCUCUCUCUCUCUCUU